GGUUCAUCUAUUGUAUGGCACAACAAUACGUGACAGUCCCAAUUUCUAGGGACAAUAAACACGAAACUUUCACAGUCAAUGCCAGAUAUAGAAUUAUUCGUAAAGUAGGCUCUGGUGCUUAUGGCACAGUCUGCUCUGCGUUUGAUCAGCAAUAUCAACAAUUUUGUGCAAUCAAGAAAAUGCACCGAGUAUUUGACAAGAAAUUAGUUACCAAACGCUGCCUCAGGGAAAUGAAAUUACUUCGUUUAUUCAACAACCACCCUAGAAUUAUUCAAUUGUUUGAUAUGGAUAUGAUUCCUGGCCUUGAAGAAAUCUAUUUGGUCUUUGGUUGUAUGGACGCAAGUCUUCAUGACGUUAUUCACUCACAACAGCCACUUGACACAGUCCAUGGUCAAUGGUUUUUGUAUCAAUUGCUGUCUGGCCUCAAUUACAUACAUAGUGCCAACGUCAUUCAUCGUGAUCUGAAGCCUGCCAACAUUCUAGUCAACAAGGAUUGUGAUAUUCGAAUUUGUGACUUUGGUAUGGCAAGAGCAUUUGAUCAAGCAGACACAAAGUCUUAUUUGACAGAAUAUGUGACAACAAGAUGGUAUCGUGCACCAGAAAUCAUGGUCAGUAAUCACAAUUACAGUAAAGCAAUCGACAUUUGGUCUGUAGGCUGUAUCCUGGGUGAAAUUCUAGGUCGGAAAGUCCUUUUUCAAGGCCGUGAUCAUGUCGAUCAAUUGUAUAAAAUUCUUGGCACUUUGGGUUUACCCAAUGACAUCUCAUUCUGGGAUCCUUCAGAAGCUGUGUCUGCACACCUAAAGAGCCUUUGUACUACUGAUGGUUUACCUCCUCCUACUGAACCUGUAGACUUCAAUGCACUUUUUCCUACAGCGACAGAAGAAUCACUUGAUUUACUAAGACAACUUUUAUGCUUGGAUCCAGCUAAGCGCCUUACGGUGAAAGAAGCACUCAAACACCCAUUUGUUCAACCAUUUUCAGAUCCAGCUGAAGAAUCACUGACUCCUCCUGCCGUUUUGCCCUAUGAAUACUAUAGUUUCGAAAACAACAAUAGCGACCAAGACCUGAAGUCGAUGAUUAUACACGAAUUGAAAUCAUUCAGGUAUCAAUUAGAGCAACAAGAAGCAAACUAUUUGCAUACAGAGGAAGGAACUUGUACAACACCUACGAAAAUUAAACGCUCCUAUACAACAGCUGUAGAUUCACCCAUACACUCAUUUGCCUCACCAACACAAAAGUUAGAUUAUUUACCGUCGGCCACCAUGAGUUUGCUAGAGCAACAUUCGCCUACAACUGUUCAGUCAAAACAAAGCAUUAUGUACGACCCAAAUCAACUUGUUGGUGAACCAGAAGAAUUAGGUGAAAAUGAAAACUAUUUUUAUCAUAAUGCACCUAUGCCAGCUGGUGUUUCGAUGGAUGCUAACCGACAAUUUAGAGAACCUGAUAAAAGAGAAGACAGAGAUGUUUUGGAACGUGUACUUAGUGAACACUGGUAGUAGUUUCUUUAUUAUUAUUAUUAUUAUUAUUAUUAUUAUUAUGAGCCUAUGAAGACCUAUAUGCGAAUAUGAUACUUUUUAUGCCCCCUCCCUCCUGUUUAUGUUUCCAGGUAGAAAUGCAUUAACGAAAAUCAAGAGGUGAACACAAUGAUUAAUCAUAUAUGUUAAACUAAAAAACAAUGAUAUGACGAUAAUAAAAAAAUAGCUU